AUGUUACUAGGUGUAGCCCUCGCAGUCGUCCGGUCCCGCGUCCCCAUCAACCCAGCACACCCGAGGGCUGCCUUCCCUCAGCAACCAGGACACGCGGCUGCGGUUGCUGGCAGCAGGGCGGUCGCGGCGGGAGCCGGCCCGCGCAGCCGCACUGAGGGCCGCGGUGGUCGCCACACCCGGCCCGUUAGCCGCCCGCCCGCCCGCCGCGAGUCCCCGCAUGCAGCCGCGUCCGCGCCCGGCGGGGGAGGGGCGGCCCGUGCGCGUCGGCUUUCCCAGCAUUCCCAGCGGCGCGGGGAAAGUUUACCGGACGUAGGCGGUGGCCGCAGCGGUAGCGGCUCCGGGCGGCGGACCAUGGCCCUGGUGGGCGGCCGCGGCCCUGUCCCAAGGCGGCCUCGGGCGGCGUCGUUGAGCCGGCUGACUUCCCGGGAGGAGCUGCCCUGCGACUGAGCGGCGGCGGGCGCGCUUAGCG